CAGGGGAUGGAGUUCGUGGCGCUCACCGCCGUGGAGACGGAGAAGAGCGACACUCCCGCCGCCGGGGGCAGUCCCAGGCGCCUGGGGCUGCUCGGGACGCCCUUGCCGAUGCCCCCGGGGGGCUCCGGGGCCCGGUCAGCUUCGCACAAGCGCUACCGGCGCCUCCAGAACUGCCUCUACAACGUGCUGGAAAGACCUCGCGGCUGGGCGUUCAUCUACCACGCCUUCAUAUUUCUGCUGGUCUUCAGUUGUCUGGUCCUGUCUGUGUUUUCAACCAUCCCAGAACAUCAAAAAUUCGCCAACCAAUGUCUCUUCAUCCUGGAAUUUGUCAUGAUUGUGGUUUUCGGGCUGGAAUACAUCAUCCGGGUCUGGUCGGCGGGCUGCUGCUGCCGCUACCGGGGAUGGCAGGGACGCUUUCGAUUUGCCCGGAAACCCUUCUGUGUCAUAGAUUUCAUCGUCUGCAUUGCCUCGCUGGCAGUCAUCGCUGCCGGCACCCAGGGAAACAUCUUUGCUACCUCGGCCCUGCGCAGCAUGCGCUUCCUGCAGAUCUUGCGCAUGGUCCGCAUGGACCGCCGCGGCGGCACAUGGAAGCUUCUGGGUUCAGUCGUCUAUGCUCACAGCAAGGAGCUGAUCACGGCCUGGUACAUCGGGUUCCUGGUCCUGAUAUUUGCUUCUUUUCUUGUCUACUUGGCGGAGAAAGAUUCUAACACUGAUUUUGCUACCUAUGCAGACUCUCUAUGGUGGGGUACGAUCACGCUCACGACGAUUGGCUAUGGAGACAAGACCCCCCAUACAUGGCUGGGCCGGGUGCUGGCAGCCUGCUUUGCAUUGCUGGGCAUCUCCUUCUUUGCGCUGCCUGCCGGGAUUCUGGGCUCAGGGUUUGCUCUGAAAGUCCAAGAACAACAUCGGCAGAAGCAUUUUGAGAAGAGACGGACUCCAGCAGCCAACUUGAUCCAGGCUGCAUGGCGCCUCUACUCAACGGAUAUCAGCCGGGCCUACCUGACAGCCACCUGGUGCUAUUACGACAGCAUCCUCCCAUCGUUCAGCAAUAAAAUGGGCAUCAAGGACCGCAUCCGCCUGAACAAUUCCCAGAGGCAGGGCAGCCGGGGGAAGCAGCAGCAUCUGGCCCCACCCCUCCACCGCUCUCCCAGCACUGAGAACAUCCACGAGGUUGUGAGCCCCACCAAGGUACAGAAGAGCUGGAGCUUCAAUGACAGGACAAGGUUCCGGGCCUCACUGAGGCUGAAGCCCCGGACCCCAGUGGAGGUUGAUGGCCCCACAGAGGACAGCAGCGAGGAGAAGGGCUAUCAGUGUGACUUGACCUUUGAGGACAUUAUGCCUGCUGUGAAGACCCUGAUCAGGGCUGUUAGGAUCCUUAAGUUCUUGGUGGCCAAAAGGAAGUUCAAGGAGACGCUGCGACCGUAUGAUGUCAAGGAUGUUAUUGAGCAGUACUCUGCCGGCCACUUGGACAUGCUUGGCAGGAUCAAAAGUCUCCAGACACGCGUGGAGCAGAUCGUGGGGCGGGGUGCCAUUGCAGUUGAGAAGAAGUCGCGUGAGAAAGGGGAGAAGGCGUCCCUGGAGGUUGAAUUGGUGGAUGAGCUCAGUAUGAUGGGCCGUGUCGUCAAAGUGGAGAAGCAGGUGCAGUCUAUCGAACAUAAACUGGAUUUACUACUGGGCGUUUACUCACAGUGCUUGCGGAAGGGCUCCAUGAACUCCUUCAGCCUGACGUCCAUGACAAUCCCUGCCGGUGAACCUGACAUCACAUCUGACUACCACAGCCCCGCAGACCAUGAGGACAUCUCCGUCUCUGCUCAGACCCUGAACAUCUCCCGGUCUGCUAGUGCCAACAUGGACUAAGGUGCAGCACCCGGUCCA